AUGACACCAACGAAAGUCGUCCUUUUGUCGUGUGGAUCGUUCAAUCCUGUUACGAAUAUGCAUUUGAGGAUGUUUGAAUUGGCCCGUGAUGCUUUACAGAGAACAGGAAAUUUUAAAGUCAUUGCUGGAAUCAUAUCUCCCGUCAGUGAUAAGUAUGAUCGAAAGCCAUUGGUCUGUGCCACACAUCGUUGCCAGAUGAUUGAGAGAUCCCUACAGACCUCGGAUUGGAUUACGUUAGACAAGUGGGAAUGCGAGCAGAAUUGUUGGACUGAAACUCGUAAUGUCCUUGGUCAUCAUUUUAAUCGGCUUAAUGGAGAAGACAACCUCAACUUUUCAACACCUUUGAAGAAAAGACAGAAAACUUUAUUUGAUGAAGCGAACAAAAACAAUGAAUCCAUCUUGCUCAAAUUGGUCUGUGGUGCUGAUAUGCUAGAGUCUUUUGCUGUUCCCAACUUAUGGCUCCCGGAACAUAUUGAGGAAAUAGUAGAAUGGAUACAAAAUGACAUCAGUUCUACAAAGAUCAGGCGAGCUUUAAGCCGAGGGGAAAGUGUUAAAUAUCUUCUUCCUGAUACUGUGAUUGACUAUAUUAAGGCUAAUGGCCUUUAUGGAACAGACAGCAAUAAGAACAUUUCUACUUAUACCACUUCACCUGAUUCUGGUGUAGAAUUGCCAACACAGCAUGGCUACAUCAAUGAACUUGCCUUAGUCUUUCCAGCUUAUCAAUAG